AUGUGUGAGAAGCUAUAUAAGGAGGAUGAGGAUGUGGAUGUGGAUGAGAAGGAUGUGGAUGAGAAGGAUGUGGAUGAGAAGGAUGUGGAGGAUGAGGAUGUGGAUGAUGUGGAUGUGAAUGUGAAUGUGGAGGAUGUGGAGGAUGUGGAUGAUGUGAAUGUGGAUGAUGUGGAUUUGGAGGAUGAGGAUGUGGAGGAUGAUGAUGUGGAGGAAGAUGAUGUGGAGGAUGAAAAUGUGGAUGCGGAGGGUGGUGAUGUGGAUGCGGAGGAUGAGGAUGUGGAUGCAGAGGAUGAGGAUGUGGAGGAUGAGGAUAUGGAGGAUGUGGAUGCAGGGGAUGAGGAUGUGGAGGAUGAGGAUGUGGAGGAUGAGGAUGUGGAGGAUGAGGAUGUGGAUGCAGAGGAUGUGGAGGAUGUGGAUGCGGAGGAUGUGGAGGAUGUGGAUGCAGAGGAUGAGGAUGUGGAGGAUGAGGAUGUGGAGAUGUGGAUGAUGUGA